AUGGCUCCUAAGCGUAGACUCAGCAAAGCUUCUAAGAAGGGUAUGGCAUCUGGCAGUGACGCUCCCGUGGUGGACCCUCCGUAUGUUGCCUGGAUGAAGAAGCGCCAGGCGGAAGGAGAUCGGCGGGGACGCCUUCGCAGCGAGUGUGCUGAGGCUCGUGACGGGGAACCCUUCGGCGACCCGGACAAUCAGCCAAGCAAGGCUCCGGCUGAGGACAAUGAAGCCUCCUCGUCUUCUGAUCCGGAGGAGUUCGACGCGUUUGAAAGUAGCGACAGCGAGGCAGAUUCCGAUGCUUCGCUCGACACACCAGAAAACGACUUCGAUGGAGCCGACGAGGACAACGAAAUCGCGGGCGAAGGGCCUGUGGCUGCGGAUGACAUCGGAACCUCCGCCCCGAAGCGUAGAGGGGAGCGUCCUAAGAAGAAACGCAAGGUCUGGUCAGAACUCGAGAUGACAGAGAUGGCCGUCGCUCGUUGGUUCACGCGUGAAGAUUUGAAGGCAAUGCAAGGGAAACAGGGGGCACAGUAUUGGAAGAAGCUCCGUAGGCACAUCCGCAAGGCGAACAAGAAUUGGGUUCGCAAAUCGGAGGCCAUGAAGCAGCAGUGGAAGCGGAUGGAGCGCGAAUUCAAGGAGAUCAACGAUGCUUUGAACGUGUCAGGCAACGCCAACAUCGUCAGGCCGCCGUGGUUUACCUAUAUGGAAGAUCUGAGGGCGGGAUCUGCUGCCCCCAUGUUGUGGAUGGCAGUGGCGCCGCCGAGGACCAUGCUGAUCCUAACGCGACCAUGGAGCCUCCAUCCACUGCGGCAGCUACUCAGCAAGUGCCCGUGGUUCAAGGAGCAGAAUCCGCAGCCGAUUCGUAGCAAGCGCGUGGCAGAAAGUGCGACCAUGACUGGGGCGAAGCUCAUCGCGGACACCCUGAAGGCAUGUAACCAGGAAGGCCUUGCUAAGCUGGACCAGAUUACUGCUCUCAUCAUGAAUGCUGUGGCGGCGGCUUCAGCGGCUCCAGAGGUGGCAGCGGCAAAUGUGGGACAGGCUGACCCUACCACUCUCACUGUGACCCUAGACCAUGGUGAUCCGACCAGCCCGGAAACAUGUAACACGGAUUACACCUACACCCCAAGCUCGGAAGAGACCGCCGCUCCUACCGACAUGGGUCCCACUAACGGCGAGGCCGCUGAGUUCCAGCAGUAG